AUCACCACAGGGAUAUUUGUUUUGGAAUAAACUUUUUGGAAUAAAUGGAAUAUAAAUCGAGAGUGUUGCUAACCUGCUAGCUUAGCAUGCUAACUCGGUACAGCUGUCAUUAUUAUUGAUAGACCCGAGCAGUGUGUAUUGUGUCACAGCCUUGUCUUAUGUCAGUAGUCAUUAAGAGCUGAUAAAUAUUAUUAACUGAGAAAUAAUUGUCUUUGACUUGGCCUCAUUUUAUUUCUUCUUAUCUUCUCUGCGUUUAAUCAGGCCUUUGAACAUCGAGUGAUUGGUUAAUGUGAUUGGUUAAUCCAUCCAUCCAUCCAUCCAUCCAUCCGUUGUCUAUACCCGCUUUAUUCCUAAUUAGGGUCACGGGGGUCUGCUGGAGUCUAUCCCAGCACACACUGGGUGAAAGGCAGGGGUACACCCUGGACAGGUCACCAGUCCAUCACAGGGCCACACAUAUAGACAGACAACCACACACACACACACACUCACUCCUAUGGGCAAUUUAGAAUUACCAAUCAACCUAAUGUACAUGUUUUUGGACUGUGGGAGGAAACCGGAGUACCCGGAGUAAACCCACGCAGGCACGGGGAGAACAUGCAAACUACACACACAAAGACCCAGGACCUUCUUGCUGUGAUUGAUUAAUGUAAUUGGUUAAUAAAUCACUACUCCCAAGCAGUGAGAUAAUGGACACUGGCAGCCGGAAAGACAAAACCAAACCGAAGGAGACGUCUGUACGAGGAGACAGAACCAAACAGAAAUCCGCUCAGCAAGAGCUCAAGCAGAGACAGAGAGCAGAGAUCUAUGCCCUGAACAAAGUCAUGACGGAACUGGAGCAGCAGCAGUUCGAGGCGUUUUGUAAGCAGAUGCAGUCGCAACCGGAAUGAAGACGUGACGUGUUUAAAAUGCUGAUGAACCAUAGCCCUGCAUGACCAGACACCAGACACUCGUAUACACUGCAUGGUUUAGAGCAGUGCAUUCAGUCUGUGAACUUAUUAGCAGUAUUUAUACUAAUGUUAUGAAUCUCCAAGUCAAAAGGAUCACACGCUGAGGGUCAGACGUGAUGGACGUGACGUGAGGGAAAUGAUUAUUGGUCCUAAUUAUCAACUUGUGAUUAGUGAUUUCUGAGGAGUUAGUUUCUAUUAUUACUAUUUUUAUUAUUAUUAUUAUUUAAGUUCCAGUGUUUGUUGUGUUAAAUCUGUUUACAGAGACCGCAUGGAAAACGUGUCACAGAGUAUCCACUUCAAACGUGUUCCCCACUUACCCCUGAUGUUUUUUAAUACAUUUAAAAAUAAAUAUUUUUGUAAACAAGAAGUGCCACCA